AUCCAUUGAAAGAUGGUAAUGCUUUUACAUCCUCAUGUUCAAAUUUACAAUCAAGCGCAACGAGUGGACAAAAGUUUAUGUGUCAAAGUCAUUUUUUUUGCAGUAAAAAUAAUUCCAGAAUUUUCAGAUAAAUGGCUGAAAAAAUUAAGUUAUUUUCCUUUAGACCAUUUAAGCUAAGUCAAAUACAUCUACUACAUCUGGUCGAAUAUAAUCCAGAUACCCAAAAAUUGGAAACUCCCAAAACAAUUGGCUUUUAUCGCCAGCCAAAUAUCUCGGACUACCCGUUGAAUUUGGCCAAAGGAUACGAGAACUAUAUUCAUGGGGAUUGGGCAAAACAUAGUACGAGUCCACACGAUAUAGUUUUGCAUUAUCUGAUGCAAGCGAAAAAUCCAAAGCUUCAAUUGGAGCAAACUGAUUUCUGUAUUAAUCGCAAAACAUUAAUAAUUAUAAUCGAGUUGUUCCUUAAUGCGAGUCAAAAGCGAAAAGUUUAUGAGCGGAAGGAGAAAAACGUUGUGGCCGUGCGUUUCAAUGGAUGCAUAUUUCUAAAUUAUCCAAACUUGGAAUAUCAAUCGAAAACUCUACGCAGUACUUAUGCAUUUAAAGCUCGACAGUAUUUGUUUUCUGAUGUUCCUGGUUCCAUUCCAAAUACCGAUGACCCAUUAAAUGCAAAUAAAAGACUCUUUGGAACCUUCUCGGCCAAAUUGGGCAACUUGAGUUUGCUUUAUUCGGCUGAAAUAGCUGGCGUAGAGAACACUGAACCACUUGGCGAUCUCAACGAUCCAGAAGUUUUGAAACAAUGUCGUUUGGCAUCUGUCAAAGUAUUCAGCAAUCCAGACAAUCGUAAUAGACAAUGGCGUACCAAUUGGCGUAACACCCAUUGGCUUAUCCAGGCUCAUUUGGCUAAUAUAAAGCAACAACGUGUUGCCAUCUUUGAUAAAAACGGUUUGGUUCAUGAACCAAUCGACGCUGAUGGUCGUAAUCAACUAGAUCGGCUAAAUAAUUUCGAUCUAACCGAAUGCUCUCAAUUUCUUCAUCGUUUUUUAAUGGAGAUAGCGAACAUUAUAGGGGAUGCUGAUUGCCCUCAUACGAUCUAUGAAUUCUCCGUGGAGGAAUGGUCACUUUUUUUUAACGGCAAGAAGCAUAAAACUAACAGUACUCUGACCGAGGAGUUCAUACAAUUCGCCAGUCGUAUAUAAGUAAGGCUGAAAUCAGUCACAUUAAUAUAAUUUUAGCAACUUUCUGUACAACAUUUUUAAAUUCAUUUCUCAUUUUUCAACUUUCUGUCUUAUAUACCCUAGAUACUUAGGGCUUAAUAUUAACUCUUGAGAUAACUGAUAGAUAAUAAGAUAGUCUUAGUAAUGCCUUUCAUUGCCUUUCCUUUAGUUGAAUUAAGUCAUCAGAUUUACUUUAUGUUUAAGACAAUCAUUGUUUAAAAUUAAAUUUUCUCUCACGUUUUGAAAUCUAUAAGAGAGCAGAGAGCUUACAGAAUGAUAAGACCCAUAAUGUAUUUCUGAAUCUAUUAUAUUACAGUGGGCACAAUGAAACGUAUCAUGAAUGUAUAUGUCAUUGACAUCAAUUCUUUCUUUAAGAAUAAAAUUUAGCUUUAGGAAAGAGGAAAUAAUUUUACAUUUUAUAUAUUUUGUUUAACUGUAGAUUUGGUUUUUGAAUAUUGUAAAAUCCAAAUUAGCUCAGAUCAUUGAAAGUACCUAUCAUUUAUUAUGUGUCAGUUCUUCCUGUAGAUUGAAUUGCCGACUUCUUAUCAGUGUUUUCACCGAAUAAACUCACGAUCGAUGAGA